GCUUAGUCCUGCUGUGGGUACAUUGUUUUUGCAUAAGAGAGAGCCAAGACUGCACUAGAAGCAAGGUUCCCCCAUUGAGAGCUCAGCUGAAAUCACUGAGAGCUGGGUGGAACCUCAAGAGACCAACUCGCAGGUGGCAGCAGAAGGUGACAGUGCAGGGCUAUUGGCAACAGGGCGAUGGAGUGAACGGUGGCACAAUGAACAACAAUGGCCAGAGCAAACAGUGAGCAGCUGGAUGAACAAGCAAGGUGCCUUCUUGUCCCCUACCUGGGAGGUACACUCACGUGAAUGCACCUCUGAUCUCUGAGUCUCCACUGACCAAGAACAACACCGGUCAAAGUGAAAAUGAAAAGACAAAAAACAAUACAACAAUUUUUCCACUCAAAGGCCUCAAAAACUAACCAAGGUGAAGAACAUAUCAAGAACCAAGAAUAUAUCAACAUGUCAUCUGAAGGGUCAAGUGGUGUAUCUACAUCCGACCAGCCCGAAGCACAAAUACAGCUUCCUACUGAAGAAACAGUGUCUUCAAAACCUAAAUGUAGUUCCCGAUGUUUGUUGAUCAAAGUGUUCCCAUUUACUGAAGUUACAAAAGAUGGCUACUGGUGCACCUCUUGCAAAAAAACUUACGAAGAAGGAAAGCUUUCCAAUGCUAUAACUGGUAAAAGUGGAGGAGCUUGGUUUGUCAGACCGAUCAGCAAAGCCAAUGCUGACAAACUACGUGAAAAGGCAGCAAAACACCAGGCCUCUGGACUGUAUCAACAUGCAGAAAGCCUUAUAAACCCACUUUCAAAGCCAAUUUUAGAAGUACUUAAUGAGGCUGUUAAGAAUGCUGGAGACACAACACAGUUCAUGCAAACAAACAUGGCUGUGGCAUCAUACUUUCUAUUUAAGCAAGAAAUACCACACACUACAAACUGGAGGCCAAUGUUAAGUGCAUUGUCACUUGUUCAUCCUGAAGCUGAACACUGGUUCCAAACAAGACCAGCAAAUGCUUACUAUCUUUCUGCAAGAAACUCAGCUGACUGGCUAGAAGCAUGCGGUGCAACAGUGAAAGACUCAACAGUUGAAAAAGUGAAGAACUCUCUCACCACAUUCAAAAAAUUUGCAUACAUGGCUGAUGAAUGCACCAAUGGAAAUGGGCAUCAAGUAUUAAGUCACUGUGUAUGUUAUCUUGAUGUCAGUGGUAGGCCAGUAAAUGCAUUUCUAGAUGUUCAAGUUAUAGAAAACACAUCGGCUGCAUCUGUGACAACCCACAUCUUAGAGUUUAAUGCUUGUCAAUUGGACCUCAAACAGACUGUUGCUUGUGCAUUAGAUGGAGCUGCAAACUUCUCUGGAAGACAUGGUGGAGUACAAGCUUUGCUCAGAAAAGUAUAACCCUAAUCUUUCCUAUACACACUGCAGAGGCCAACUACUCCAACUAGCACUAGUACGAGCUGCAGAAUCUUCAAGACAUUAAAAAAGCUAUAAAUUUGAUGUUCUUCAUUAUAUUCUUUUUUCAGUAAGAGUCCAAAAGACUGAAUAGCUUGGAAACUAUAGAAGAUACACUGGGACUGAAGUUCAAAUUAGUCCAACCUGGGAAAACCCACAGGCUUUCUCAUGAGUGAUCCUUGGCUAUUGUCUCAAA